AUGAGUGCAAUUUUUAGUAAACUUCUUGAGAAACUCACAAACAUCAUUGAAUCACCAUUUCUAAUAUGGGAAAUUCUCACCAUGCUGCGUGUCGGAGUCACGGGUGAUAGUGGACGCGAAUUGGAUGAAUUUCUGCAACAAAUAGCAACUGAUAUUGGUAUCUCAGAAAAUGAUUUAGCGCACUUAAGUAGAAACGACUUCCUCACAUCAACCACAGAUGACUCAAACAACCACAUAACACCGCCAUUAUCAUCCUCCGACUCCAAUGUGUUAUCAUCUGCAAGUGAAAAAUCUAAAAAAUUAUGGAUUUCCAAUCGAUUAUUCAUUAAGUCCGGCUGCCGUCUCAAUGAAAACUUUACAAAUGUACUCAAGCAACAGUUUGCGUGCGGCGUGCAGGAACUCAAUUUUUGUGACUCCCGUCUAGCCGCCAAAGCGAUCAAUGAAUGGGUGAAGGAAGCUACGAAUAAACGCAUACCAGCCAUUAUAUCAUCGCAUGAUGUGGGUGCCGAUACGCAAGCGGUGCUGGCCAAUGCGAUCUACUUCAAGGCACAAUGGCGGCAACAAUUUGAGCCCAUCGACACCAAGCGCAAGCCAUUUCGCAUCGACACACAGCAAAGCGUUUUGGUGCCACUGAUGAGUCAAGUGGUGAACGCGCGCUAUGCGUACCUGGCCGAUCACAAAGUGCAAGUGCUCGAGUUGCCUUAUCGGGAUACUGAUCUGUCAAUGUUGGUGAUUCUACCGCACGAGGUCGCAGCUGAUUUGAGUGGUGUGACCAAUUUGUUAUUGGCAGAUGUGGUGGGGCAGUUGGUGUUUCGGAAAGUGUAUGUGAAAUUGCCAAAAUUCAGCUAUGGCUGCACUAUAAAUUUGCAUAGCUUGUUGACGGAGUUCGGUGUACGCGGCAUUUUCCAUGGCAGUCAGGACUUUAGUAGUCUCAUUGCGGCAAAUGCUUCUGAUUUUGGUGUCUCGAAAAUUAUACAACAGGCUUUCAUCAAUGUGACCGAAGAAGGCACAGAGGCAGCUGCAGCGACUACCUGUAGUAUUGAUGGUGUCGUGAGUUUUGAAGAGAAGUUCAUAGCAGAUCGGCCUUUUUACUUUUGUAUAAAAAACAGAAGUGGCUUAAAAUUAUUCGAAGGCUGCUAUCGACAACCGUCUUAAGCUCCUUGAGUCUUAAUUGAAUGACUGGCCAAUCGCUUGAUUGCU